AUGCCCGCCCAGGCAGGUCUCAAUAUCAACUAUGGCCUCCCGGUCAUGGUGCUGUUACCGUUGGCAGCAGCAGCGAAGAUAUUCCACUGGCAUGCAACGGUUGUGCUGGUGGUUAAUAUCGUUGCUAUUGUUUUCUUGUCUGAGGCGAUUUCUAUUUCUUCCGAGGAACUUGAGGAACACUUGGGUGAAUUGCAGGGUGCGCUUCUCAAUGCAACGUUUGGGAAUACUGUCGAGCUAACAGCGGGAACUCUGGCCUUGGUCCAUGGAGAAAUUCCAUUCGCGCAAUCUGUCAUGGUGGGCAGUAUCCUCUCUGAUAUUCUUCUGGUAUUCGGCUGCUGUCUCGUAACAGCAUCCUACAAUAAAGACGUCCUAGAAUUCAAUGGCGCCCUAGCAAAAACACUUUCAUCACUGAUGAUGAUAACAGCCGUGGCACUCCUCCUCCCAACAGCACUCUACUCAACGUUCCCAGUAUCCGAAAUCGACAGCAGAGUGCUAUCCUUCUCACGUGGAACUUCAUUGGUGCUACUCAUUCUCUACGCUGGAUAUCUCUACUUCUACCUAGAGACUCACAAACACCUCUUCAUCUCAUGCGAACAUAACUUCGAUGAAGAAGAUGAGGAUGUCGAACUAUCCACGCCACGAACGACAGCUAGUCUGGCCUCUUCAGUGAUCAGAUUGGUGACAGCUGUCGCAGCUACCAUUUUCUGCACGGAACUUCUGCUGGAAAGCAUUGGUGAUAUGGCUGAGACUCUUGGGACUUCCCAUAGCUUUAUUGCGCUUGUGUUUAUUCCGUUGGCGAGUAAUAGUACCGAGGGUGUUACUGUUAUUUCUUCGUCGCGGUCUGGUAAUACUGACUCUGCGAUUCAGGUGAUUAUCGAUAGUCUUUUGCAAAUUGGUCUUUUUGCGAUUUCUUUUUUGGUUAUCAUGGGCUGGUGCAUUGCGGAGCCGAUGACUCUUUUCUUUGAUUCUUUUCAGACUGUUGCCAUGUUUUUGGCUAUUCUAGUGGUUAAUCAUUUGCUGAGGGAUGGGCAGUAUGCUUAUAUUCAUGGCGCGAUGUUGAUUGCUCUGUAUUCCGGUCUAGUUGCUGCUUUUUACACACGCUAG